AUGGAAAGGGCAGACCAUGCCCUUAAUGUCGUGAAGACUGAGAAGGAUGAGCAAGAGGCCGAGAUGGAGGUGGAAUGCCAGGAACUCUUCACUGAGCUCAUGGCGGAUGGCAUGAACGGCGGUGCCAUCUCGCUGUCCUCGUCGGACAGCGCCUUGGUGUAUGGAUCCGAAUCUUGGCUAAGGGAAGACAUCAACCGCAUCGUCCAGCGUGGCAAGGCCGACCCGAAGAAGUAUAUGAGGUGGCACACGUUCAAAGUGGACACGCCUACGUACUUUGUGGAGAAGAAGAUCGAGGGCCACUACAAGGAGCGCGCCACGGCAUCCUCGAAGCAGUCGCAGGAGCUGGAAGUUUGGGGUGGGCCCGGCGAUUCAGGCAUGUCCAUGAAUGUGGACCACGUUAUGCUGCAGCCGCAAGGGGCGGCCGACAUGAACAGCGAAGAGAACAUGAAAGAGGCUGCCAAGGUGCUGAAAAAGAUGGGGUUUCCAAACAUGGAGACGCCGGCGAACCCCGGAACAUCUCUUCCAAAGAUUUUGACCUGCCUGGACCGUCGGUUGGCGAUUAUCUCCGAGACCCAAACCGAGCUGGAGAAUCACAAGAAGACCUUGAAGGAGAAAGGCAAGCUCACUACGACGCUGGAGCGGAUGGAUGCGAAGCUGACGGAACUCUACAAUGCCAUUGAGCAGAAGAGCAAUGAGUUCGAGGACUUGAGAAUGACGGGGGUCGUUGAAG